AUGACUCUCCCUCGGGGAAUCGAACCCCGGUCUCCCGCGCUUAUCGGUACCAAGGAAGAUAAGCUGGCCGAGUUACUGCUCGGCCACUUGGUACUGGACAAGGAAAACCUAGCACUUUUGUUCUAUAAUGGAAGCUGCAGUCACCGGUUCCUGAUUGGCAUAUUUCCGGUGAAUACGCCUCCAUGCCCGAUGGGAGAAGCAGCCCUCGACGGUACAUACAUGGUCUUCGGGGAUGUGGAGAUGGAUGAUGGACUGUAA